UGUACUAGGUGUUUUUUGUUCUGGACCAUUUCUGUGUAUUACUUUUAAAGCGAAUUAGAACUUUGCAAAAAAACAAUUUAGUGUUGUGUUAUUUUAAUAUUAUAUUAAUAUAAUAUUUUUUAAAGAUAGUGAGAGAAGCGUCUGGGAAAAUACUGCUGCAGACGCUUUCAAAAAAUUUCGUUUCGGCUGUUUGAGGACUACAGCAAAUUCAUUCAUUUAAUGGGAUUAAUGUAUAAAGCGGAAAAAAUGCUGAGAAAAGGCGGCGGAGGCGUGACGUCGGCGCCGGCGACAUGAGUGCGGGCGCGCUGCGGGACGCUGCGGGCGACUCCACGCCCGGCUCGGACGUCGGCGAGCGCAUCACACGCCUCUUCCCAAAGUGCCGCCCAAAAAUGCAGCACCAGCACGACAGACUGAAUUCCGGGCUGGAGGGCCGAGACAUGAUCAGUGUACACAACGUGUCCUCUGACGACGAGAGGGACGAUCAGCCGGUGAUCCUUAACACUAAAGGAGGAACAUACAAACUUAGAGACUCUAGGAUAAUAGAAAUCGCAGGAGGUAGGGAGUUGUACUCACAGAGCCGCAUGAAGGCGGUGCGGAAGUUGAGGCACAGCAACACACACAAGCACAACUUAAGAAAUAAAGUACGGUCACUAACUAAAGAUACUGUAGACUACGCUGCUGAUAACAACAUUACGAAUGAAAUUUCUAUACACAGAAUAAAUAAUGAACCAAAAAAGAUGAUAUCUCGUCAUACGUCACCCGUAACCUACACGAAUGGUGAUCGUGAACCGAUGAUUGAACCCAGUACUAUGGGGAUACCCAAAAACAGUUCUCCAAUAUUGGAUCCACAUAAGACUAAUGAUGUUAGUACCAAAAGCAGUCCCAUCGCAGUGGUCGCUGAUGGUGAAGUAAUGGUUUUUGACGAUAAUGAUGAUUGGAAAGUGAUAUUGAAUUCUGUGUCUCUAGGUUUGAGGAUGGACCCUGAUGCUAGUGAUGAUGAAAUUGAUUUGAGUGUUAAAAGAACUUUAGACAAUAUGAAAAAUGGUGAUAGUGAUAUGUUGAACAAUAAAAGUGAACUUAGUUGUGAUGGAAGUGAAUCGACGCGUUCGAGAGAAGACGUCAGACUUAGCGAAGGUAGUCCAACAGGUAUUUGGCUUUCGGGUGACGAGGAUAAAAGCAGGGUCACGAGAGUAAUAGGGGAGUUACCUAUCGCUGAAUAUGAGGGUUCACCCAGAAGAUACGGCAUUGGAACUCAGAAGGCGCAGGUCAGGUCACCAAGGCCUGGAUUUCCUCAGAGAGUAGUGACAGAGAGCAGAGACGUUACACCACCGCCAAGUUCAGCGGCUUUUGACUACUUAUAUGAGUUCUCUGAGACCAGAAAAGUUCUGGAAGAGUUUUUCCGGUGUCCAACAUUAUCUGGUCAGCAGCAGAACAGUACUGAAGAAAUUGUGAACUUUCAGUUUCUGUUUCAGGAGUUAGACUAUGAGCUGCGAAGGCAAACGCAAGAUUGUCCGUCUGAAAAUGGCAUUGAAGGAAGUGAAUCAGACUGGCCACAGAACGAUGGAAUUGAUUCACCCCAUGCUUUAAAUAACCAUACCGAUUUUCUAGGAUUGCAGCCGAAGCAUCGUGGUCGCUAUCCGACACCAGACGUCGCAGCACUACAAGCGGGAGAUAAUGGGAGCGCGUGUGCGUCGCCCGCGCAACAAGUUGACGUUCAUGUUGCACUCGCUCUAUCGUCGGCGGCUAGUGAUACUGCCAGCGAACUUUCGAUGGCCAUCAUGGAGAACGAGCUGGUUGACAUGAAAGAACCAAAUCGCCGAACGUUGCCCAUCGUGGAGGAUGGACUGUCAUCUGGACACGCGUCUGACACAGACAAUAAUAAUCCAUUGAUACAGACACACUCAGUCACCAUUGAAGAAAUCGUAGAUAGCGGAACAAACACGGAUCCUCACAUGUUAUCCGAUGCCGAUCUGCACUCCUUAGAUCCAUUAGCGUCGGCGCCGCCUCCGCCCGCGCCGGCGCCGCACCGGCCCGACACGGCGCCGCACACGCCGCACUCGGGCCACGCGCUCGCGCACACGCCGCACCACCACCACGCGCCGCACCACGACGACGUGUACCCCAGAAAAAGGCCAUCGUCGGCUCAAAGUACGGAAUCAGUAGAAAUUAAACCAGCAAGUGGUGACGAAGAUGAAGCAGACACGGAUUUAGAGACAGACAGAUUGCUGGGACAGCAAAGAACGGACGAUCAGGGCUUCUUCGAUGACAAAGGAUGGCGCAAACCAAAAUCCCGAACUGUUAUGCCAUCUGGCGGUUCAACGGGAACGAACCGCGACCAUGCUCACGAUUCUUCGGACUUGAGAGACGAAGAUACGUUGCACAAUGGAAAGGACAAAGACGGAAAGAAGAAGAGUAAGAAUAAGGAAGAUAUGGCCUCAGUUCUCAUCGAAGGAGUACUGUUCCGGGCCCGGUACCUCGGCUCAACGCAGCUCGCUUGCGAGGGACAACCGACGAAGGCAACCAGAAUGCUUCAAGCCGAAGAAGCGGUGUCCAGAAUUAAGUGGGGCUGCGAGGGCCCGUACUCUGGCGUGUACGCGGCUCCUGCGGCCGUGUUCCGCCUGUCCUUCCUCGGCUCCGUGGAGGUCGAGGAGGACUCGCGCCGCAGGAAGAAGAGACCGAAAAAGAAUAUGGUUGAAGAGGCCGUCACUAAGAUUAAGGCUCUGGCUCCUGAAGGCGAAAACCAACCGAGCACCGAAGUGGAUCUCUUCAUUUCAACCGAAAAAAUAAUGGUCCUAAACACGGAGCUGAAAGAGAUCAUGAUGGACCACGCAUUGAGAACGAUAUCCUACAUCGCUGACAUAGGGGACCUCGUCGUUCUCAUGGCGAGACGACGCUUCGUCCCGCAUGAAAAUGACUCUGAUCAGCCGAAACUGAACCGUACGCCGAAGAUGAUAUGUCACGUUUUUGAAAGCGAAGAAGCUCAAUUUAUAGCCCAAUCCAUAGGGCAAGCGUUCCAAGUGGCGUAUAUGGAGUUUCUUAAGGCUAAUGGUAUUGAAGAUCAUAGUUUUGUGAAAGAAAUGGAUUAUCAGGAAGUCCUAAACAGCCAAGAGAUAUUUGGUGAUGAACUUCAAAUGUUUGCGAAAAAAGAACUGCAAAAAGAAGUGGUAGUUCCGAAAACGAAAGGUGAGAUCUUAGGUGUGGUGGUUGUGGAAUCUGGUUGGGGGUCGAUGCUGCCCACCGUUGUGAUCGCUAACUUGGCCCCAGCGGGUGCGGCUGCGAGAUGCGGACAACUUAACAUCGGUGACCAAAUAAUAGCGAUAAAUGGAGUUAGUCUCGUCGGCCUUCCCCUCUCCACUUGUCAGACAUAUAUCAAGAACUCCAAGAAUCAGACUGUGGUGAAGUUGACGGUGGUGCCGUGCGCUCCGGUGGUCGAGGUCAAGAUUAAAAGACCGGAUACAAAGUACCAGCUAGGGUUUAGUGUGCAAAACGGUGUGAUCUGCAGCCUGCUGCGCGGCGGCAUCGCGGAGCGCGGCGGCGUGCGCGUCGGCCACCGCAUCAUCGAGAUCAACUCGCAGAGCGUCGUGGCCGUGCCGCACGAGCGCAUCGUCAACCUGCUCGCCACCUCCGUGGGCGAGAUUUUAAUGAAAACUAUGCCGACGUCGAUGUUCCGGCUGUUGACGGGUCAAGAGAAUCCUGUAUUCAUCUAAACGCGACGCGCCACAAGUGCCUGCUUCACGCUCACCGCCAGGGCUCUUACACGCGUAUUUUGUUACAAGUUAUAUAAAAUAUAUCAUUUAUAUAACAACAAUUUUGACCAAUGGACGUGGACGCAUUCUUAACUGGCGAAAAUUGACAAAUUUCUCAGAAUAAAUAUUAAAAUUUUGUUCAUUUAACAAAAAAUAUCAUAAUCGUAUUACGAGUAUUUAAAUUUAGAUAUAAGAAUUGAAAUAAAAUUCAAUAUUUUAUAUUCAUUGAAUAUUUUAUGAUGUAUGUACGUAUUUAUGACUCGUCUCGUAAUUUGUCAUGUAUUCAGUCUGUAUUUAUCGCGUGUAACUGCCCUGAUAAUUGCAUUUGGAUAAACAACUAAAAUAAAAUCCCGUUGCGAUUCUUCUACGAGUUCCAUUAAACAGAAAAAAAAACAAUAUAUUUUAACUAUUUUAAAAUUGACUCUUAAAGCAUAUUUCAUACUAAUCAUUAAAAAAAACCCACCAUGACUUAUGAAAUUCGUAGAUUAACUCCAACGUGAUUUUUACCUUAGCUAUGGAAAUAAUACUCAAAAUAAAAAUGUGAUGUCCAAGUUUCAAAAUGCUUAAUAUGCUUAAGUGGCUAAAUAAGAUACUUAGUUCUAAGUUAUUGUAUUUAAUUACAGAAAUUUUGCGCUCGUUUGAUCAUAAUUUAUUUAUUAAAAAUUCGAAAAAUGUAAAAAAAAGUUUUAUAUCAUCAUUAAUAAAAAUAGUAGUCGAAUGUAACCGUCAAAACGUUGAAAUAUUAAAAAUAAUUAUAUAGAAACACCAAAUACAUUAAUAAAAGUUAUUUAAAUAUUAUGUAUGUAUUUCAUAAAACUAGAAUGCCUCAUUGAGAUGACUUGUCUUAGUUUACAUUGCUGUCGAGUGCAAAAUUUCUGAAAAACGUUAUUAUCACAAUGUGUAUACAUAGUUAUUCCAGUCAAUAAUUUAUUAAUUGUAUACAUAUUAUUAUUGAGAAUCAAAAUGGCUCAUAUCUGCUUAGAUAUUAUUAAAAUAAGUUAAAAUUAUCGUCAUAUAAAUAUUUCUAUUAUAAAUUGUCGCGAUAAAUUUCUACAAAAUGCACUAGCCGUUGCCUUUCUGCCAUAGACAAUAAGUGUCUCUCUUAUCAUAGUUUCUAGAUUUUAGUUCAUGUUGCCAUUAUAACUUAUAAUAUUUUUUUAAUUUUAUUUUUUUAAAUCAUUCCAUUGUUACUUGUUUAUUUUACCUGAAUUAGUGUUUUUAUGAUUUAUACUUAGUGUUUUUUUUACAUUUUUAUAUGUUCAUCAUUAUGGAAUGUUAGUCGAUAUAAAACAUGUAUAGCUGAAUAGUGUGACUGAGGAGUCUUGAUCUGUAAUGACUCGGAUAGCAUAUGCAUGCAAAUUAUCUUGAAUAUCCGAGACAUAAAGUCUCGGUCGAGUUGAAUCUCGAUGUGAUCAUUGAUAAAUAAAUGAAUUGAUUAGUGGAUAUAUAAAAAAAGCAUUAUUUCGUGUAGCGUUUCAAAAGAUAUGUCAUAUUUUGUAAAUUUUAUAGUGUGGCUAUAGCGUAACUAUGUAACCUAUAUAUGUAUGUCCUGGUCUUAGCUAAGCUUAGCGCUCUGAGGACGAGUUUUAUUUAUGUAUAAAAAUUGAUAUUUUGACAACCUAAUAUGAUAAGACACCUUUUAGUAUUCCUAAAUUUAUUCCGCUUCUAUAUAUCAUGUCCCGAGUUUUGAUGCUUUUAAAUAAUUAUUAUUGUAGGUAUGUACUUCUUUCUAUCGUACUCGACGUAACCCUUCUGUAUUGUGUUGCUGUUAGGAUCAGUGUCUAUUUUAUCAUUUAAAAGAUAUCUUCCAUUGACACCGAAUCGAUUAAUACGUUAUUUUAAUUACAAUAAAAUUAAAAAAGACGACAAAUAGUCACUGGUCACGCCCUUUAAAACAAUAUAUUAUUUAAAAAAAAAAUUAAAAAGAUAGAUAGUACCGUCUGAUGUGUAAUUUUAUAUUGCUAGCUGUUGUGAAUAAGAUUUAUUUACAUUGAAAACACAGAUAAUAAAUAGCAUUUUAUUGUGAAAGCUGAUAUAUUGUAGGUACACUAUAACAUGUGAAAUAACUAUUGUUGUUCUCAUUUCUAAGAGUAUUAUUCUAGUCUGCAUUAAAGUUAAGAAUAAACUGAACAAAUUGA